AUCUUUAAAAUAUUUAAUAAAAAUAUACUAUUAUUUUCUAUUUUUUCAAAGAUUAGAAAAUUGUUCAACAAAUAUGUCAUAUGAAUUUACAUCGGAUGAGGAAAUAGCCGGUUUUCGAACUGGUGACAAAUUUGUCGAUAUUACAGGUUUUGUUGAUGUGAUAAAUAAUAUAAAAUCUGUCAAUAUUAAAGGUCAACCAAGUUGGUUGUUUGCAGUCAUAUUAAAUAAUAAUUCAAAACUUUUGGAAAUUCUUGGAGGUAAUUUAUCAACAUCUAACCCAAAAUUCCAUAAUCCAAAAGACAAUAUUCAUAUUUUAGAAUUUAAUUAUCAAGAUUCAAGUAAGAUGAUUACACAUGGUCUUUUUGUUCAACCAGAAAUAACGCAUAUUGAUUAUCAAAAUGUUGAACUGGAAAAUUUGUUAAAAACAAAAAUUAAAUAUAGUGAAGUUAAAGCUUAUUUAAAAUCAAUGUUAUUAAUGGAAGAAGGAGAGAAGUCUCAUGGCUUAGGAAAAAUUGUUGAUCACAAAGAAAACUACGUGUUGGUUGAAAUUGUCGAUUAUCCAAAAGAAGAUGAACGUUUAAAAAUUGGUGUUGCUGUUAAAAUGCGUGGAGUCAUUUACGAUGAUCAAAUACCAAUUUUUCAAGUAAAAGAUAUGGACGACGUGGAUGCGUUAGAAGAAAAAACGUUGCCAAUUUCACAAGUCAGAAAAAGUUUUCAACGUUUAUCUGCUGUUGUUAAACGUCAAAAAAUUGAUAAUGCAAAUGAUGAUAUUUAAAUUAAUAAUAUAUUUGUACUCAAUUAAUUACAUAUAAUAAAUUAUUUAAAAAAA